CUUACAGGAGAGGCUAUCUCACCUCCACAGUGAAAAUAUGCUGCUUCACCAGCAACUGGACCAGGCUCACAGCAAAGCUGACAGGGAAGAAAAGACAGCAAUUCACAUCCAAGAUCAGAUUCAGGAUAAAAUAAAUAUAUUUAAAGAUGAAAGUGUAAAUCAAAUUCUUAACCUGAAGGAAAAUAUUAAUGAGUUAAUCAACGAAUGGCAUCAUUUUAAAGAAAAAAUGCAUCGGUAUGAAAAUGAUAAUAUAGAAAGAGAUGCCACUGUAAGACAACUUCAAGAAGAACUGGCGGUUGUGAGACCACUUCAACAAAAAAUAUCUAUGAUAGAGGCUUCACUGGAGGUUAAAUCGCAUCAUCCUGUGCUUUCACAAGAUAAGACACAUGACUUAAAGAAAGAACUAGAUCAAAGCAGAAGUCAAAAUGAUGAGCUUAUAGCAAAACUGCAACCUUCUUCUUCAAAAUGUAUACGUCUGGAUAAAGAAAAGGCACCUCAACAGGAGUUAUCAGUGGAAGCACUUCUAAAGAGACGUGAAGAACUAAAGGAUAGAGUAAAGAAGGCGAAACAAGAAGCAAUAAACCUCAGAACACAUAUGGAAACGAAUAUGGUAGAAUCCUGUGAAAUAGAAGAGUAUAAAAAGAAGACUGAAGAAAGAGCAAGAAGGGAUAUAGCAGACACAAUAGAAAAAGUCAAUUCACUUUUAAAGGCUCAAAGAGCAUCUCAAGAAAUGUCAGAGCAGAUGAUAAAUAAUCACCCUUCAACGAUGAGUCAUUGGGAACGCAGAAAUAAGCAGGUGGAAUCAGAAAUCUCUAAAGCGAAAACUUCUCAAGAUGAUAUCAAAAGAGAAUUGGAAAAGUAUGUGCAACUCCGCCAAGAAGAAUUGGAAGGCAUAAAGUUACUGGAAAAUAAGCUAACUGAUUUUCCCAGGACUACGAAGAGGCUAUCAGAGGUCGGCAACAAACUUUUCGUAGAGAAACAGCUGAAUGCAGUAUUGCUCAGCAAGAGAACUUCUACACCAGGAGAUAACUUGGGGAUUCCUACCUCAAGGCCAUGCACUUCAACUUACCGCAGGAAUACAGACCCCAUCAUCUACCAGCAUAUCCAUGACAGCCCGAGUCAGGCUGCAUUUGGAUCCCCAGCAUUGCGAACAGGGUCAUCGGGGGUCACCACAGGCUCCGGUUUCCUCGAAGACACCCCAUCUUUCCCUGCGAAGGCCACUGCUCCAGAUGUCGCAGGAUUAUGGAAAAACCCUAUCUAGAGAAAUGAAAGAUGGUGCUGCUAAAUUUAAAGCUGAAUCCUAUAGAGUUUGUCCUGAGGAUCUGUAGGAUCAGUCAGUCAGUCAAGUUCAUGUCAAGAUCUACAAGAAUAUAAAGAGAUUUUGCUGGAAAAUCACAUGAUCUGAAAUGCUGGAAGCCAAUUCCAGCAUGCCAGGAGGGCUGAAUCAUCUGGGAUGUCUGAAAGGCAUUUCUCCAAACCUGAAAAGGAUGAUUGCUUGCUGCCAGACAACUUAGAGCAUCUUAAUCUACAUGUUAUUGCCUCCUCCUGGCCAAACACCUGAACAGCUGGAGGUAACUCCACCAAUCUGACAAUGGAUUUGUGUAUGAAACCCUGACCUUUGAUGUGAUAUCUCCACUUUGCCUUAGGACAAAUUGUGUUCAUAAAAAGCCAGGGGUCCUGAGACAAGGAGAACUUAGUUCCUUUAGCUAAGUCUUCUCUGACUCCCUAUAAUGCCUAUCAAAAUUAUGUUUCAUCUCUGGACUCUUAUUUAAUUUAUACACAGCCCCUUCUCCAGAUUGCUGAACCCUUCUAGAUGCCGGAUCAAGACUACCGGCUUUACUGAAACAUAAACAGCAAAAAAUUAUUUACUGGACUGUUUAUAUAGCAUUUUGUUUUCCAUUAGACUCAUGACAUGAACUUUUGAUUAAAGAAAAAAAUUUUGAUCAUAUGUUUGAUGAAAAUUUAUAUUGUAUUUGAAACUGGGGUAUUUUGGGGGAAUCUAACUAAGUUUUAAGCACAUUUUGUACAUGAAAGCCAGCACUAUUGAAUUAUACAUACUCAAAUUGCCCAAAUACCAACUGUUUAAACAAUAUCCAAACAAACAACUUGUCAUUCAUAUUUUAACUAGAGGCCGGUGAAUGAAAAUUCCUACACUGGAGGGGGGGUCCUUCAGCCCGACCUACCCCCUCUCCCUCAGGGGUGGGAGGCGACCCAGUGAUCAGGGAAAGGCGAUG